UGUGAAGGAUACGUACGGAAAAUGAAGUGCAAAAGGAAUUUCCUAACAUUUUUAGCUUUUUUUUUCUAUUUAGUUAGUAGCUUUUUUUGUAUAUACGUGCUAUGUGUGGAUGCUCCGUUCAUCCAUAUUCCGGGCAAUGGAGUCAUAUCUGGAACAUAUUUGAAAAUGUUUCGAACCCAAAAUAUUAAAGCUUAUCUCGGUAUUCGCUAUGCCCAUGCUAGAAGAUUUUCCCCUCCAGAUAUCGAACUAACACCCUGGAAGGGAAUUUUUAACGCAACCUCAUUCGGAGCGGACUGCUUGCAAAAUCCAAUGCCUUCCAUGGGUAAAGAAACCGACCAAAUCCUGAAAAUCUUGUCCUCCGAUACCAAUCAGGAAUCAGGCAGUGCCAGGAAAUACGAAGAGAACUGUUUGUAUCUGAAUGUUUUUGUACCUGAUGGAUUGCCUGAAAUUAAUGGAUAUGCAGUCGUUGUGUGGAUCCAUUCAGGGGACUUCUCCACCGGAAGCCCUGCUGAUGUGAACCCAUUUCAAUUGGUCUUUAAGCAAAAGGUGAUUGUUGUAACCUUUUCGUAUCGGCUUAACAUUUUCGGAUUUUUUACAACCGACGAUGGCGAAGCCCAGGGAAAUUAUGGACUAAUGGAUCAGGCAGCAGCCUUGUAUUGGGUAAAAAAGAACAUCAACUUCUUCGGUGGCGACACAAAUCGCAUCACCCUCAUGGGGCACGAUGCCGGAGCAAUAAGCGUGGCACUGCACAUGACCUCGGGCGAGUGGUCGAAGGGGGGCUUCCAUAAGGCUAUUAUAAUGUCGGGCAAUCCACUUAACUCUGUGAAACUACCAUCCGACUACGAAGGCUCGUUGGACCAAGUUUCGAGCACUUUCGGCUGUCCACGCAGACCCACGUCUAUGUUUAUGCAGUGCCUCAAGAAAAUUGACGGAAAGCGACUCUCCGAGAACCUUCCCUCCGUGAGUUGGGGUCCUGUUUUGGACUUUGGAUUGAGUAACACCUCAUAUCCGUUCAUCGAAAACCAGCCAGAGAUUUUGUUCAAAAGGGGGAGCUAUCACAAGGUGCCGGUCAUCAUUGGAGUAACCGACAUGGAAGAAGUGUUGACCUUAUUCAAGGAUAAUCUCGAUGCAGAAAUCAGCGCCGCCGACCUGGAGGGUUUCUUCAACGACAUAGCAGUGAAUGAUAUGCAUAAGCUGGUCAAGAACUACGAAUGGUGCUCCAACUACGAAUUGAUCUCGGAGGCAAUCCAUUUUAUGUACAACAACGAGACGGAUAACGAUAUGAGAAAGGCGAACAAACAUAUAAUCAGUGCCCACACCGAAAAGUUCUAUAUCACGCCGAUGCAAAUGUUUGCAGACAUGAUAAGCAAGGAUCAGCACGUUUACAGCUACCUGUUCAAGACACGCCCCAAGAGCGUGCUUCAGGAUCUUCCCAGUUGGAUAAACGUGCCUAAGUAUUUCGAUCAGGUCUUCGUCUGGGGCAACCCAUAUAUGACAAACUCCGUGGAGUGGAAGUCUACCGACAAGAAAAUUGCCGAAAUUAUCAUGACCCUAUGGGCAAACUUUGCGAAAACCUCGAACCCUACCAAGUCCAACGUAUACGUCAAGUGGAAUGCAAUGACUCCCAGCAACGAUUCGGUUCUGUUGAUCGACGAGAACUUCAAUACGGAUAAUUUACUCAAAAAUCAGAGAAUCAACUUUUGGAAAUCGUUGUACCCCAGAAUUCUAUAUUAUUCAGCCGAUUGCUGUAAUUCCACAAGCUCAGGUAGCUUAUUGAUUAUCCCAAAAACCAUUACAAUACUAUCUACUAUUUCUAUACUUGUUAAGAUAUUUUAA